GGCAGUUUUUUCUGUGCCAUGAUGAAAGUAACCCUGGCUACCUGGCUGAUUUUUGCAGCAUCUGUAGAUCUAGUUCUCCCUUUGCAGUGUUACACCUGCAGUGAACCCAUGGACGUUAACUCCUGCCUCACCGUCACUCACUGCCCAGCGAACAGCACUGCUUGCAAGACGACGGUACACUCGGUGGAUUCAGGUUACCCCUUUUUUGGGAACGUCACGGUCAGCAAAUCUUGCUCCAAGGAUUGUGUUCCGUCUGAGGCGGAUACCAUCGGCGAAAACCAUCCCGACUAUUGUUGUUACUGGGAUUUGUGCAAUGUGGGAGCAGGUCAGGCGGCCGCUGCGGAGUUCAGCGCCCUGAGCUUCACCAUCGUCCUCGCCUUCUCACUGCUCUGGCUUCAAGGAUAACCCUCCAGGGGAGAGGCUGGGUCGGUCGUGUGGGGAAGGACACCUCUCCCCCAGACCCCCAAACAAGGACCUUGGACUCUCCUUCUGGAAGGUUGGUCGAGAUGUCGAGAUGGGAGAAGAAGAGUCUUUAGGAGCAGAAGA